AUGAUUAGAUCUGUCUCUAAAACUGUUGCCAUCGACGUGGGAAGGUUUAAUUUUAUAAUAAAUUGUGAGAUAUCAUGUCGUCCCGCAAGACAGCUGGCCGUCGCGGCACCAAUAAAAAACGCGCCCAGCGUGCUACUUCAAAUGUUUUUGCUAUGUUUGAUCAGGCUCAAAUUGCUGAAUUCAAGGAGGCAUUCAAUAUGA